UACCCACUCCAUAAUUAAUCAUACUCUCUCUCUCUCUCUCUCUUUUUCUUUCUCUCGUACCAAACUUGGGGUUGAUCAUGCAAUAUUUCAACACAGAAAUGAUUAUAGCUUCCUCAUAAAGGCAACAGGGUUUAGUGUAACAUAUCCAUCUUCAUCUCUGCUGCUAGCUUUUCCAUGCCCCUAACAGCAACAGCAACAGCAUGAGCCUCUUAUUUAUGUAGCCUCCGCUUGGCACUGUUUUCUCGAUCGCUUAAUUAAUUAGUCUAUCAAGGGAUGAGAGAUCGUGCGGAAAGGUUUGCAGUUCUUCCAUUCUCGUCAAACGCUUGCGCUUCAGUGAGCGUUGCUAUAGGCGGCGCAGCUGCUCAUGCCAAGAAACCAAAACCAGAACAAUCAAACCCUCCUGUAACGAGACAACAAGGAGAGGAAACGUCAUCAUCUAGAGCAAAAAUGAAGAACUCUUUUGGUUUCCUUUCUCUACCAAAACCAAGCAUAGCUGGUCGCAUACAGCGAGUGAUCAGGAGCAUCAAAAGCUUUUCUCAACUCUUUGUUUACAAAGAAGAGAUUGAAGAAAUGGAAAAGGAAAUGGAAAUUGGAUGUCCAACAGAUGUGAAGCACGUGACACACAUAGGAUUGGAUGGGUCUACCACUACCAACCCGGUAAAGGGUUGGGAAAAUCUCCAAGCUCCUGAAAUACUUUCUUUCCCUUCAAUUUCUUUUAGGCAGUUCGAGCUCGCCAUGGCAGCACAGGCUCAUCAGGAACCUCUCGUUGUUGAAUCCCUCAAAGUUUAGUUAAUGGAUCAUAUAUCCAUUAAUUAAGAUUAAUUAUCGCGAUUAUGACCACACGACGUCGUCUUGUCCUCGAUCUAAAGAUAGAUAUAAAGUACUUGAGAUGAUUUGAUUAAGACAAAGAUUCUUGAUCAAUGACAAUCUCCGCUUUGUGUGUUAUAUACUUGUACACAGUCUGAAAAAUCACAUGGAAAGAUCCUCCGCUAAUUCUUUCCAAAAGCAAGCUAGGCCGGCGGUGAUGAUUGAGAUUGCAUCUGCAGAUAGAGAUUUUGCCAACUGAUAAUUUUUUUUUUUAUUUUUUUUUUUAAAUUUUUACCGAUUGUUAUGGAUUUACUUUUAUUUUUCUGAGCAAGUGUUACGAAUUUACUUACGUCAUAUAUUUUUUUUUUGCCUCCACAGCUGGAGGAUCUUCA